AUGAGCUCGGGUGAUUUAGAGAUCAACUUAGUAUAGUUUCCAAUCAAAGAUAAUCCAAAACAAACUAUUUUGAAAUAGAAAAAGCCAAAGUUUAAGAAAAGGCAAUAAACAUCAGCUACAUAGGUAAGAUAAACAAGAUCAAAGAAACAAGAUGAUAACGAUGAUGAUGUUAUUAUAAUAGGUAGUUCUAAACCAAGUUAAGUUCCUCUAUCGAAGAAGACAAUAUCUAAAAGACGUAGUAAGUAAUAAAAAAAGCAUAAAAUUUCAUCUAAAUCAAAACUCAAAUCCAAAAAUUAAACGAUUCAAGAUUUAAUAUUAGAUUGGUAAAAGGAUAUAAGAAAGAUGAUCGAAAGCACUGUUGUAUUAUCAAAUAAGAUAAGUUAAUUGGAUUGA